AUAAUCAAAGCGUUGUAACACUUUCCUGGUUGAAUUUGGGGCGUGCUUACACUGAUCCCCUCCACCAGCAUACAUCAACAUCAUGACCAGCGCGCCUUGAGGUGCCACAACUGCGCACUGCAUGCAUCUCUGCGCGUCUGCUGGAGGCGAUGCGCAUCUUAUAUAUCUAACCAACCGUGUCCACUAGUCUUUCGGACCACUCUGCUGGUGAAAACGGGGCACGUGUGCGAUUCGUGGACUAUUUUUUAAGGAAUAAUCUCCGCGAACCGAGAGGGAAUAAGCCUCGUUUUUACGCGUUCUGUGGCAUAAUUAUUUGUGACUGAAAGUCAGAGCUCGAUAUUGGAACGAUGUUGCCGACGAAAUUGGGGGGUUAGAGGUGCCGAGGUGUAUCCCGCCACUGAAAAUGGAGUAAAUUCCUUGUCUUUUCUUGUUUUAAGUCGGAAUACAUUGAAGAGUAUUGCAUCACGAUUAUACGUCUCGCGUUCAAGGGAGAAAUUAUUCCAUUCACAGGCAAUUGGAUGAGAGUCAUACUUGCCCUUGGCAACUAAAGAUGACGUUACUAUGGAAACGACUUGUGGUGCUAUCAAUCAUCAGCUGCCUAGCAGCUCAAGCAGAAUAUGCAAAGUUUCUUGGUCCAAGCUGGAAAACUGAACCGGAAGACUUGGUACUUCCCAUCUAUUCUACUGAACAAGAGGCUGUUUUAACUUGUGAGGCAUCUGGGGUCCCGUCCCCUCAAUACAGAUGGUCUCUAAACGGAACGCUCAUUGAUCUUCGUGGUGACGAGAGGCGUCGCCUGUCUGGAGGUAACCUGAUCAUUACCGGCCUGGAUCGAGACCAAGACAGCGGUAUCUACCAGUGCGCUGCCUUCAACGCCCAGGGAACCAUUCUCAGUCAGAGAGCCACUCUUCAAUUUGCAUAUCUGGAAAACUUCAAAACACAGACAAGAAGUGCUGUCAAUGUGAGGGAAGGUCAGGGUGUCGUUUUAUUGUGUGGCACGCCUUUGCACUCUGGAGAACUUACCUUCACCUGGGUCUUCAACGACUACCCUAACUUCGUCCAGCAAGACAGUCGGCGCUUUGUAUCCCAGGAGACGGGGAAUCUGUACAUAGCGAAAGUCGAACCAUCAGACGUGGGGAAUUAUACCUGCGUGGUCAACAAUACUAUCACGAAGGGCCGAGUCUUCAGUUCACCGACACCUUUAGUGCUGAGAAAUGAUGGAGCAAUGGGAGAGUACGAGCCCAAAAUAGAACUUCAUUUUCCUGACACAAUCCCAGCUGCUAAAGGAUCCACACUGAAGCUGGAAUGCUUCGCCCUGGGAAAUCCAGUUCCUAAGAUCAGCUGGAGACGAACCAGCGACUCUCCGUUCCCUAACAAAGUCAAACUGAAGAAUUCCAACGCCAUUCUCGAGAUUCCCAGUUUCCAACAGGAGGACACUGGGACAUACGAGUGCAUAGCAGAAAACAGUCGGGGGAAGAAUGCUGCACGGGGUCGUGUGUCUUUCCAUGCGACACCUCAUUGGCUGCAGACGAUGACAGAUACGGCAUUGUCCAUAGAGGAGAAUCUGCUUUGGGAGUGCAAAGCCAAUGGAAAACCGAAGCCGUCCUACAGCUGGCUGAAGAACGGAGAGACUCUCAUGUCUGAGGGCCGAAUGCAAAUAGAGAACGGCGCUCUUUCCAUCUCCUCGCUGAAUCUUUCAGAUGGCGGGAUGUAUCAGUGUGUGGCGGAGAACAAGCACGGCAUCAUUUAUUCCAGCGCUGAACUGCUGGUGCUCGCUUCUCCUCCCAGUUUUUCCCAGAAUCCUUUGAACCGGGUGCUUAAGGCCCGCUCGGGUAGUGACGUUAUACUGGACUGCAGGCCACAUGCCUCGCCCAGAGCCAUUACCCUGUGGAAAAGGGGGAGUGAAAUACUGCAAAGAAAUGAAAGGAUUUCUCUCUUCGCCAAUGGGACUCUAAAGCUUGCCAAUGUAACUAAGCGAGAAGGGGGAAGUUACACAUGCGUAGCGAAAAACCAGUUUGGCACUGCAAGCACAACCGGCAAACUGGUAAUAACAGAGCCCACGAGGAUCAGCCAGGGUCCCAGCAGCACAGAAAUCACAGUGGGCGAAAGCAUCGUGCUGCCCUGUCAGGUGACCUCUGAUCCAGCUUUGGACGUGGCCUUCUCCUGGGCCUUUAACGGUCAACCUAUUGAUUUUCAUCAAGACGCGGACCACUUUGAGAGAGUCGGAGGGAGCUUUUCCGGUGACCUUAUGAUUCGAAACAUCCAGCUAAACCACGGAGGAAAAUAUGUUUGCCUCAUCGACACAGACGUUGAGAGUCUGUCCACUGAUGCAAUAUUGGUCGUUAAAGGUCCCCCCAGUCCCCCAGACUUGGUUGUGGUAGAGGAAGUCACAGACAGCACGGCCCAGCUGUCCUGGAGCCCAGGCCAGGACAACGGAAGCCCCAUUACCGGAUACGUUAUCCAGGGGAGGACUCCGUUUACUGUGGGUUGGCAAGCCGUUGAUACAGUUCCUGAGGUGAUCAAUGGGAACACUCUGACCGGAACAGUGGUGGGUUUGAAUGCCUGGGUGGAAUACGAGUUCAGAGUUCUGGCCAGUAAUGGUGUCGGGAUGGGAGAGCCCAGUCCGCCAUCCACCAAGAUCAGAACAGAGGAUGCUAUGCCUGAUACAGCCCCCACUGAGGUUGGAGGUGGAGGAGGAACAAAGUCAGAAUUAGUGAUAACGUGGGAGCCUGUUCCAGAGGAGUUGCAGAAUGGAGAGGGCUUCGGUUACAUCAUCGCCUUCCGUCCGGUGGGCACGGUCACUUGGACCCGAGCCGUGAUGUCAGCGCCCAGCGCCACCCGUUACGUUUUCCGCAAUGACACCAUUCCGCCUUUCUCACCUUUCAAUGUCAAAGUUGGAGCAUUCAACAACCGAGGGGAAGGGCCGUUCAGCUCCAUAACAACUGUGUUCUCGGCAGAGGAAGUGCCGAGCGUAGCACCGGAGAGAGUCGCAGCGAAAAGUCUGUCCGCGGCCGACAUCGAAGUUACCUGGGAAGCCAUCCCGUCGACCCCUGAAAGAGUUCUUGGAUUUGAGGUGGUGUACUGGGAAGAUGACACCAAGCCGGAGACCGUGGGUAGAGUGAGGAUCACUGGAAACUACACAGCGGUAAAUGUUAGCGGACUGCAGGGGAACACGCAAUAUUAUGUAGCAGUCUGCGCAUUUAAUACUGCAGGAACCGGCCCACAGUCCGUACCUGUCAAUGUCACCACCAAAAAACCACCACCUGCACAACCCCCUCAAAAUGUAGAGUGGAAUCUGAUUGGUUCGCAGCUCAUGCUGCAGUGGGAUCCAGUCAUAGCUCUCGAAACAGAAUCCGAGGUCACUGGAUACAUAGUACUAUACAGAAGACACCGAAACAACGAUAUGUACUCCAUCAUCACCAACAAAACGUCCGUCGAGGUGACCCUUAACCCGAACGACAACUACGUAAUUCAGAUCAAGACCCUCAGUGAAGGGGGGUUGGGGGAAGGAAGUGAGCCAAUUCACAUCCACCAACUCAGCAUGGGUGCGCGGGGAUCCGGAGCGGGAAGGCUGUGCGCGUUCUCUCUCUCUCCUCUUCUCGUGUGCGCACUGUCGACGCUCAGUGCCUCCUGAUGUUUGCCUCCCAUGACCAUUGGACAUUUACGAAAACAUGUACAAACUUUCUGCUCUUCGCCCAGCCAAGGCUUCUGUUUUCCAUAACCCUAUCCGAUCGGAUUUCCCAACUCUGGCAGCAUGCAUGUUGGAGAUUCUGAAACGUCACAUGGGAACAUGAGGGAAUGCAUAAUUUGUAAACACGGCAAAGUUCUGCAAAAAUUCGCUAAGAUGUUUGGAUUGACACGGAUGAUCUGUAAUAUUAUGAGCUUUUUUGGCACUCUAAAACCGGGAAUAACGAUUGCAAUGGCUUUGUUCAAACUGCACACAAAUCCGAUUUGGUUUUCAAAUCCAAUCUGUAGUGCUAAGUGUUCUGGCUGCAAGUGAUCUAGAUAUAGCUUUAGACAUUUUGCAUCCUUAAUGACAAAUCAUUACCUAUUCAGAGUGAUUUUAAUUGGAUUUAUAGAUCACACAUGCAUGCACUUUAGUUUAGAUUUUUACAUGUUUUUGGUGUUUAGAUUACAUCUGACAAUUUUUUUUGCUGCUGACUGAACAAGGCCAAAACGCUUACGUUUUUUGUUUCUCACAUAAUAUAUUUAUUUCAUUUACAGUGCUAAUGUAUGCAUCCUUCAUCUUUCGCUCCGAUCUUUAAAUGCCUUAAAUUUAUGUACGCACCAAAGUAGUUAACAACAGUUGUGCAAUUGAGUUGUAUUCAAAGAGGGCAAGGGCUCAAAAACCAGUGUUGCUGAAAGUUGCUCUUACAGUAUGUGUUGAUUUUGGAUUUGUUUGUGAUUAACAAAGCCAGGUUCAAAUGGAAAUCCUCUGCCAAUAGUUCACUUCUAUUACAGAGCCAUCAAAUCAAAAGGCUCCUCUUAGUCUCUUUGCAAGGUAUUAGCAUUUUGUUUGACGCUUCAUGUUGGUUUAAUUAUAGAUUAAGGCGUUAAGGCUUUUCCUGAGAGUAUUUGCUCUAAAGGUCCACCGGCUGAACCACUUUCACAUUUUAGUUUCCUUUCUGUUCGCCUGCUGCUGUACCGCGCCCAUCGCAACUCAUUCAGCGUUUUACAAAUAGUCAAUAUGCCAAAAAGCAUCAAAUUCAUACAAUAGCUUUGAAUACGUUUCGAAAGCAUCUGGCACUUAUGAAAGCAAGCUUUUAAAAGCAUUCCCGCUCUAUGCCUCGCACACCUCUGUCAGUACGUAAAUAAACACGCGAGAAGUUUGUCAGAAGUGGCGAGAUGCAGAGUGGGACUCGCAUGAAAGUUUUAUAGCUCUAAUGGCUUUGUAGAUGUGAAAAGGUUAAAAGCCUCACAAACAAGUUGCGUGAUAGACCCAAGAGCUCCCUACCAGUCUAUAUGUCUCUGAAUAAAUGCAAUUAUUAAAGGAACAUAGCAUAGGACAUGGCUGGGCUUUUAGCACUGGGCUUGAGCCUGUAGGUUGUCAGUUUGGUCCAUAUGAAGACUGUAUAUAUCUCCAGUAUGACGUUAUUGUACAAUCCCUAGUGGCUAGGUCCUUUAGAGAUGGAAAGGUCACAUAAUACCCAUCUCAUGCACCUUAAAGGGCCAAUAUUAUGCCCAUUUUUACAAGAUGUAAUAAUAUAGGUCUCAUGUGUAAUAGGUGAAGUUUCAGCUCAAAAUACCACACCAAUCAUUUGUUAUAGCAUCUCUAAAAUGCCCGUAUUUGGGUGGGAGACAACAAGUGCUGUUUUAAUGUGUGUACCUUUAAAGGGACAUUCCACUUUUUUGGAAGUUAUACUAAUUUUCUAGCUCCCCUAGAGUUAAACAUUUAAAUCUUACC